UAAUACGCAGGAAUGACAGAAUUCAGCCCGAGUGAUUCCCAAAAUCCCACAAUAGACGCGUGAGUUUGCGGAAAGGUUAACCCCAAAACUCCAAAACUGGUCUCCUCGAGGGGAUGGUCAGCUUGCCCCGCAGCUCGCGUCGCGAAUUGUGUCAUUUUCGAUGGGAUCGAUUAAUUGAAGAGGGAAUGGAACUGGCACGCAAACACACCUGACGCCUCCAGAACCAGAUGAGCAGGUUGUUGAACCAAUGAACGAAUCUGUUUAUAUAAUAGGCCGCCAGCUCAAAAUCGAUCAACAGUUUCAAACGGAAAGAACUAAAGUAAACAUCAAGCCAUCCAAGAUGCGAGCUGCCGCCGUGUUUGUCGUUGUGAUUUUCGCACUCCUCAGUGUCCUGGAGGCUGUACCCGCUCCUCAGUUUGGAUACGGUGGUUUCGGAGGCUAUCCCGGCUAUGGCGGAUUCGGAGGCGGUUAUCCGGGCUAUGGUGGAUUCGGCGGCGGAUAUCCUGGCUAUGGUGGCUUUAACCGCGGUGGAUUUGGCGGUGCCAGUGCCUCGGCAUCUUCCUCGGCCUCCGCAGGCGGUUUCGGCGGUGGCUUCUACGGAUAAACAGUCCGUUCGAAAUUUAAUUCUAAGCCUACUUAAUAUUAAGAAAAUAAACUUAACUUGCU